UUUUCCUUGGAAUAAAGAGGAAGAAUACCCGAGAAUUACAUUUUUCUGCCCUCUCUCCUCUCUCCUCUCUUCUCUCUCCUCUCUCUAACUGCCAAAUCGACUCUGCUGUAGCCGGAAAUCCUCCUUGUUCCGUCGAUCCCUACUUCCGAUCGACGAUCCGCCACCUCCCCCGCGCGAUUCCCGACCCUUUUUUCCUCGAAUCGAUUGUUUGCUGGUUGAGAUUUCCGGCGCGGUGAUGGAGCUGAGACUUAUACCAUCGGAUGGGGUCGUUGGUUACUUUGAGAUAGGUGUAGGUAAGUGAAGAUGCCCGAGCUGCGUAGCGGGCCGCGAAGAGGCCGAGCGCAGCUGAAUCCGGUGCCUAAAGCUGCCCGUGGGGCGGCUCCGGCUACGAGGAGGAGAGGGGCGGCAGUGAGGAGGAAGGAGACGGGCGAUGCGAAUGAUCUGAAUAGUCCUGUCCAGCAGGAGGAAAUUGGUUUGGUUGAAGGUGAAGGAGAAGGAGAAGGUCGGGGAGAUCCGCAAGGAAAUAAGGAGGAAGGAGUCGCGGACAAGAGAAUGGAUGAGUUCGAUGGCGGUGGGAGGAAUGCUGACAAGCUUCCUGGCGCUGAGGAGGAGGGGAGCACUGCGCCCCUGCCAGAAAAGGUCCAGAUUGGCAACUCACCAGUAUAUAUACUUGAUAGGAAACUUGGGAAGGGUGGAUUUGGACAAGUAUAUGUUGGUCGACGAAUUUCUGCUGUCAAUGUGGAUGACAGAAUCACUGGUUCCAAUGCUUUGGAGGUGGCACUGAAAUUUGAGCAUCGAACAAGCAAAGGGUGUAACUAUGGGCCUCCUUAUGAAUGGCAAGUCUACAACACACUAGGUGGAGUUCAUGGUAUUCCACGAGUUCAUUACAAAGGCCGUCAAGGCGACUUUUAUGUUAUGGUCAUGGAUAUGUUGGGUCCAAGUUUGUGGGACACGUGGAAUAACAAUUCUCAUACGAUGUCCAUUGAAAUGGUAGCAUGUAUUGCUAUUGAAGCAAUUUCUAUCCUUGAGAAAGUUCACUCUAAAGGAUAUGUUCAUGGGGAUGUAAAGCCAGAAAACUUCUUACUUGGUCCUCCUGGAACUCCUCAAGAAAAGAAGCUUUUUCUAGUUGAUCUUGGAUUAGCGACAAAAUGGAGGGAUAGUGUUACAGGUCAGCAUGUUGAGUAUGAUCAGAGGCCUGAUGUUUUCAGGGGAACUGUACGUUAUGCUAGUGUUCAUGCUCACCUAGGAAGAACUGGAAGUAGGAGAGAUGACUUGGAAUCACUUACUUAUACCCUUAUAUUUCUUCUCCGAGGUCGUCUACCGUGGCAAGGGUACCAGGGUGAGAACAAAGGCUUCCUUGUCUGUAAGAGAAAAAUGGCUACUUCCUCAGAGUCACUGUGUUGCUUUUGCCCACAACCUUUCAAGCGGUUCAUUGAAUAUGUUGUCAAUUUGAAGUUUGAUGAAGAACCGAACUAUGCUAAGUGCAUCUCACUAUUUGAUGAACUAGUAGGUCCAAAUCCAGAUAUCAGACCUAUCAACACAGAUGGCGCUCAAAAGCUUAUUGUUGGUCAAAAGAGAGGCCGACUCACCAUUGAUGAAGAGGAUGAAGAGCAACCAAAGAAGAAAACCCGUGUUGGUAUGCCUGCAACACAGUGGAUCAGUGUCUACAAUGCCAGGAGACCUAUGAAACAAAGAUAUCACUACAACGUUGCUGAUGCAAGGAUUGCACAACACAUUCACAAAGGAAAUGAGGAUGGGUUGUUCAUUAGUUCGGUUGCUUCUAGUUCAAAUUUAUGGGCAUUAAUUAUGGACGCUGGCACUGGUUAUACUGCCCAAGUUUACCAACUUUCCCCGUUGUUUCUGCAUAAAGAGUGGAUAAUGGAGCAGUGGGAGAGAAGCUACUACAUCACUGCUUUAGCUGGGGCAAACAAUGGCAACUCCUUGGUUGUAAUGUCAAAAGGCACACAAUAUGCACAACAAUCAUACAAGGUCAGCGAGUCAUUUCCCUUCAAAUGGAUAAACAAGAAAUGGAAGGAGGGUUUCUUUGUAACUGCAAUGGCCACUGCAGGAAGUAGAUGGGCAGUUGUCAUGUCACGAAAUGCUGGUUUUUCAGAUCAGGUUGUGGAGCUUGAUUUCUUAUACCCCAGUGAAGGUAUACAUCGAAGGUGGGAUAAUGGUUAUCGCAUCACUGCAACUGCUGCAACAUGGGACCAGACUGCUCUAGUUUUAAGUAUUCCUAUAAGAAAACCUAUUGAUGAAACACAAGAGACGUUAAGGACAUCUGCUUUCCCCAGCCAACAUGCCAAGGAUAAGUGGGCUAAGAACCUCUACAUCGCAUCUAUCUGUUAUGGAAGGACAGUUUCUUGAAUCCUUAUCCUGCUGGAAGUAAUUCUGAUUUCAAUCAAAGCUAUUUCAGUUUAAGAUUUGUUUUAGUGACAAAUACUUGUACCAGAUGCAGACCAAGGAUUUUUAAUAUAUAAUCUCGAGUCUCUUGACAGCCAUAUCUAAGCCAACAAAUGAAGCGCUGUUAAUUCCUACAGUUGCUCUUGCUUGAGCUGUAGUCCGUGCCUUUGUGGUCGACUUAGAGACCUUGUGGUCCUUUUAAUCAUUUUUGUUUGUACAAAUAUUUCACUUAUAGAAAAGGCGUAUACCAUAUUUAUUGGCUUAGCUUUUGCUGGAGACAGAUUCAUAAUAUAUGAUACUUAAUAUC